CUGGCUGGAAACCGGGUGCUGGUAGCUGCGCAUGCGUUUAAUGCGCCGGAAGGCGGUAGCCCGUGCAUAAGACUCUGGGUAACCCCGCGCGGGGCCCUUUUCUGCCUUAGCAAGCGAGCGGACACGGGGAGGGGAGCGAAGAGCUUCCAUAAUGACUGACUGGGAGACGGCCCCUGCUGUGGCAGAGACCCCUGAUAUCAAGCUGUUUGGGAAAUGGAGCACUGAUGAUGUGCAGAUCAGUGACAUCUCCUUGCAGGAUUACAUUGCUGUGAAGGAGAAAUAUGCAAAGUAUUUGCCCCACAGUGCUGGGCGCUAUGCUGCCAAGCGCUUCCGCAAAGCCCAGUGCCCUAUUGUUGAGCGCCUCACCAACUCAAUGAUGAUGCAUGGGCGCAACAAUGGUAAGAAGCUCAUGACUGUGCGCAUCAUCAAGCAUGCCUUCGAGAUCAUCCAUCUGCUCACAGGAGAGGUGAGCGGGGCCUGGCAGAAAAGCUGUCCAUGGAAACUGACAACUUGUGAGGCUGUUAAUGUGCUAAACCGUUGCCUGACCGCGAUAAUGGACUGGAUGGGAGCUAACAGACUGAAGCUCAAUCCAGACAAGACUGAGACGCUGUUGGUGAGUGCCUUCUCUGCUCAGAUGGUGGAUGUUCAUCCUGUUCUUGAUGGGGUUACACUCCCCUUGAAGGAACAGGUGCGUAGCUUGGGAGUUCUUUUCGAUCCUUCCCUGUCUCUUGAGGCCCAGGUGGCACGGAAUGCUUUUUACCAUCUUCAAUUGGUAGCCCAGCUACGUCCCUAUCUGGACAGUGACGACCUCGCUUCAGUUGUUCAUGCUCUGGUAACUUCUAGAUUGGACUACUGCAACGCGCUCUACGUGGGGCUGCCCUUGAAGACUGUUCGGAAACUACAGCUAGUCCAGAAUGCAGCGGCCAGAUUGUUGAUGUGGACCAGAAGGUCCGCUCAUAUAACACCUGUUCUGGCCCGUCUGCACUGGCUUCCUAUUUGUUUCCGGGCUAGAUUCAAAGUGCUGGUUUUGACCUAUAAAGCCCUACACGGCAUGGGACCGCAAUACCUGGUGGAACGCCUCUCCCAAUAUGAACCUACCCGUACACUACGCUCAACAUCUAAGGCCCUCCUCCGAGUACCAUCCCAUCGAGAGGCUCGGAGGGUGAUGACUAGAACCAGGGCCUUUUCAGUAGUGGCCCCCGAACUGUGGAACAGUCUCCUUGAUGAGGUGCGCCUGGCGCCAACGCUACUAUCUUUUCGGCGCCAGGUGGAAACCUUUUUAUACUCCCAGGCAUUUUAAAGUGUAUUUUAAACA